UUUAGUCUGCUGCCUUUUCUGUCAAAAAUCUAAUGAAGAACCACAAAAGUGCUUUAUUACUGUCUGCACAUUCUUGUUUUAAUAUGACAUGUAAUUUGGUCUUUACCUUAUUACAGACAGCAUAGUGGUUUAAUAUGUAAUGUGAAAGGCGCUGCUCUUUCUGCAGUUUUUCUAUUGACCACUAGAGGGAGCCGAAGGUCUGUAAAGCAACCACAUACCGACAGUGACAAAGGAAGAACCUGAAUAAACAUGUGGUUUCAUCCGGGAUGACAAUCCCCCCAUCCACAGGGCUCGAGGGGUCACUGAAUGGUUUGCAUGAAAAUUAUAGAAAUCAUCUGCAGUGGCCUUCGCACUCACCAGAUCUUCACUUAGCUGAACACCUAUGUUAGCUUUUGGACCAACAGUAAAUGACCACCAGUCAGUAACAAGUCUGCUUCAUAGGGGAAGUGACCGGAUUACAUGUUAAUCCCAUUAAGAUGCUGCUGCCAUGUGAGGGCCGGUUGGAGGGAUUAGAAACCAAAGGCUCAAGCUUCAAGACCAGAUCAGUAACAAAUGGGGUGACACUAACUACUGACAGUGAUACACACUCUGAUGGCACAUGUAAACUGUGUACAUGGCACCGUCAUUGACAAACCAGGAAGGACAAGUCUUGCCUGUCAUCUGGAGAUAUACUGACAUGGGGUCUGCUGAAGAUCUGGCUUUUGGACUGAGCUGCUUCCAAUGAUGAAAUAAAAGUUUGUUAUGGCGAAAUGGCCAGUGAGAGAAUGAUUAACCCAUGUGGCAGAGGGGAUGUGUGUGUCACUGUCAGAGGUCUCGGUGUCACUGCAUGUGUACAUGACAGGAGGUGAAGGUCUGGUUGAGGGACACAGAUCUCGCACUCAAACAAAGACAAAAGAACAUCCCGCCAAGACAGAGACAAGGGAUGGUAACAGAGAGAGACGACGUGCAGGAACUGUGUCUGUUGCCCUGCAUAAAUGGGAUUUUAAGUGGAAACAGGCAAAAUACUGAACUCAAAGGAUUAUAUUUUUUCUUAAUCAGCACUUGUUCUGAAAGUGUAUUUUGGCUCCCUUUGUCCUGUGUAGCCAGUAGAGUAAGUGCCAUUUAAAAGUACAGCAGCAGCACAACCGCUGCGACUGUGUCAAGGUCUGAGGAAGCAGUCAGACUCUGAUAGAGCAAGAAAAAAAAAGACACAAAAGAAAACUUUUUUUUUUCUACUCGACAAGCAGAAGCACAUUCAACAGAAAUACCAGUGGUGACUACAGUCUAUAUAGCCUGCAGACUCUACUGUGUCGUCUUCAUCCUCUACCUCCUCACCCUUUGCUUCAGCUGCAAUUUCAGCUCCUGCAGCAAACGAUCAUUAUCAAAUCCACAACCAGUCCGGUGCCUGGCUCUUUCACAACCUGCGGCAGUCUCAGCUGUGGCCAUGGCAUCAGCAGCUCUGGAGCUCAUGGGCUUCUUUCUGGGCCUGCUGGGGAUGCUGGGUACUCUGGUCACCACAGUGCUACCGUACUGGCAGACUUCUUCCCACAUCGGCUCAAACAUUGUCACAGCUGUGGACACCAUGAGGGGCCUGUGGAUGGAGUGUGUCUACCAGAGUACUGGGGCCUUCCAGUGUGAGACCUACAACUCUAUGCUGGCACUGCCCUCUGACCUGCAAGCCUCUCGUGCCCUCAUGGUGAUCUCCAUUGUGCUGUCUAUUUUUGCCACUGCCAUAGCCGUUCUGGGAAUGCAGUGCACUCUGUGCCUGGAGGGUGCAGGCGCAGUUAAGAGUCGUGUGGCUGGUGCUGGUGGGGGCUUCUUCCUUGUUGCAGGUUUCCUGUCACUCAUACCUAUGGCUUGGACUACACAUGAGGUGGUCCAGAACUUUUACAAUCCAAACAUACCUGUCAGCAUGAAGCAUGAGCUUGGGUGGUGCCUGUAUGUUGGCCUUGCAUCAGCACUCAUCUCCAUACUGGGAGGAGGGAUACUGUGUGUAUCAUGCUGUGAGGAGUACGAAGGUGGGCGUGGGAGACAUCAUGGUGGAGGGUAUCCAUAUCCAGUAGGAAGCAGUGCGCUGGGCACAAGGGUACGGGCAACCUCACAGACCUACCGCAAUCCCACCAUGCCGGUAGGGGGCAUCAACACGACCAGCAGGGUGCAGACACUGGUCCGCAAUACUAGCGGCAGCUCUCACUCAAGUAUCCAUGAAGUCCAGGGAGCUAAGAAGCCCACGGUAGCAGGAUACGACAUUACAGGAUAUGUAUAAGACUACAAUCACUCCAUCACAUCUUUAAAAAUUGCUUCCUGACCACUUGCGUUCAAUUAAAUGUAUUAAUAUAUUGAAUUUAAUCAAAUAUGGUCAUUAUAAGCUUAAUGAAGCAACAAGACACAUUAAAUCCACAACAUAAAAGUGAGAAAUGAGUCAACUGUAUCACAAGAACCGGGUUUGCCUCAAUGUGUUUAUGACCUUUCUUCAGUCUAUGACUAACAUUUCUUUAGCUAACAUUUCUUUUUGAAAUGUUUGCUAAAUACAAUGAUAAUAAUUCAAAGAACUUUCCAAAGUUGUUUCUAUUAAUUAACAUUCUGCCUUACUAUUUGUAUGUGAAAUGUGUGUUAACAUUCGAUUUAGUAUUUGAAAGCUGAAAUAUUUUCACUUCUCUACUCAUAUGAGGAUCUAUGCAUCUGCAAAAAUGAUUGAAUAUGACAGGUUGGAGAAAAAUGUGCUUCACAGUCUGGGAUACACUGCCCAAAAGGGGAAACCCUUCCUGCCACAAGACAUUAAUACUAUUCAAGGAUUAUUGAUCUCUCAGUGGAUUGUUCAUGAUGACUGAUGUUUUGCACCAUUCUGUUUCUCUGCUGAUUUUUAGGGAUGCAUUUCCAGUACAUAAAACAAGUCAAAUGUUUUUUGUUUAUUUCUUUU